AUGAAUACCCCUAGCGAAGAAGAAAUUCGAUCCAUUUUUGGGAAGCUCGGCGAAAGACCGUCUGGUUACCUGGCAUUUUUCGACCAUGUUGCAGACGACGUCAAAUGGGAGAUCACCGGGUCGAGCGCUCUUUCGGGGGUUUGGACAUCAAAGUCCGAAUUCAAGAAUACAGUCUGGUUGCCAAUCAUCAAGCUGAUUGCAGACCCUGGCCCCGAAUUUGAGUUGGUUUCGACGGAAAACAUGCUGAAAAAUGAGGAUGGGUGGGUGGCGGUUGAGUUGAAAACUGUUCACACACGAACGAAGCUGGGCAAGAAAUUGUACAGCCAGCAUUACUGCUGGCUCUGCAAGUUCAACUCAGAGAAAAAGAUUACUCAAGUGAGAGCCUUUAUCGAUUCAAGCACGGCGGAGAGUGUGCUUUCAGAGGAGAAAUUAAGACAAGAGGCUGCCGCAAUUACACCAAGCUACUGUCAGUAUAUUAUGUUCGAAAACCUUCAACUGAAGCAGCAUCUAAUUCAAGCAGCGUUGGAAGCGUCGACAAAAACCCCAGAAUACCCGGCGGUUCCGUUUGACCCUGCUUUCAAAAGGUUUCUGGAUCUAUUUUAUCUCCUCACAGAUGCGCCAAUGGAGCACGCCAAGUACGUCGAAUGUUUCACCGCCAACGCCGUAGUAAGUGUAGGAGCAAAAUUCAUUAAAGGCAGAGAAGGAAUUCGUGCCCUCAGAAGUUCCAUGUGGGAAACGGUCAAAGAGCGAAGACACCAGCCAAAACAGGUCUUCCCACUAGGGCCGAACUCUAAUACCGCCAUGAUUUAUGGAGUCGUCGAAUACGUGUUCAAAGAUGAGUCCUGCAAGACUGUGGAGUGGGCGGCAAAAUGCGAUUUCGUCAAGCUUGAUCGAGUAUACCUGGACCGUUAUCAGGUUUUUCUUGCAGAUGAUAUAGCAUGGAAGAGUGGGUCAAACUGA